GGCAGCGCCAUUUUGAACGUGCAGCGGCUGCAGGCAUUAGGUGGGCUGGCGAGGCUUGCCGGUUGCCGGCGCGGCGACCUCCUCGUCCCCUCUGGCUUUCUCCUGCGCCGUGCCGUCUCCGCAGCGAGGCGCGGAGCCACAGACACCUCUCUAAGGUUGCUUCCCGGCUCCAGGUGAAGCCCUCCGAGGAUGUUAAGGGGAAAUCUGAAGCAAGUUCGCAUUGAGAAGAACCCGGCUCGCCUGCGUGCUCUCGAAUCGGCGGCGGGCGAGAGCGAGCCUGCGGCCGCCAUGGCCCUCUCACUGGCGGGGGAGCCGGCGGCCCCCGCUCCCGUUCCCGCGGAGGAGCGCCCGGAGGAGGAGGCGGGCUUCACCAUUGACAUCAAGAGCUUCCUCAAGCCGGGCGAGAAGACGUACACGCAGCGCUGCCGCCUCUUCGUGGGCAACCUGCCCACGGACAUCACGGAGGAGGACUUCAAGCGGCUCUUCGAGCGCUACGGCGAGCCCAGCGAGGUCUUCAUCAACCGCGACCGCGGUUUCGGCUUCAUCCGCCUGGAAUCCAGAACACUGGCUGAAAUUGCAAAAGCAGAGCUGGAUGGCACCAUUUUGAAGAGCAGACCUCUCCGAAUUCGUUUUGCUACACAUGGAGCAGCCCUGACUGUCAAGAACCUUUCUCCAGUUGUUUCCAAUGAGCUUCUAGAGCAAGCAUUUUCCCAGUUUGGUCCAGUAGAGAAAGCGGUUGUGGUUGUGGAUGAUCGCGGUAGAGCUACUGGAAAAGGUUUUGUAGAAUUUGCAGCGAAACCUCCUGCACGAAAGGCUCUGGAAAGAUGUGGUGAUGGGGCAUUCUUGCUGACAACGACCCCACGUCCCGUCAUUGUGGAGCCAAUGGAGCAGUUUGAUGAUGAAGAUGGCUUGCCAGAGAAGCUAAUGCAGAAAACUCAACAAUAUCAUAAGGAAAGAGAACAGCCACCACGUUUUGCGCAGCCUGGGACGUUUGAGUUUGAGUAUGCAUCUAGAUGGAAGGCUCUGGACGAAAUGGAGAAGCAGCAGCGUGAGCAGGUCGACAGAAACAUCAGAGAAGCCAAAGAGAAGCUGGAGGCAGAAAUGGAAGCAGCCAGGCAUGAGCACCAGUUGAUGUUGAUGAGACAAGAUUUAAUGAGGCGUCAAGAAGAACUCAGACGCCUGGAAGAACUCAGAAACCAAGAGCUGCAAAAACGGAAGCAGAUACAACUGAGACAUGAAGAAGAGCAUCGUCGUCGUGAGGAAGAAAUGAUUCGACACAGAGAACAGGAGGAACUGAGGCGACAGCAAGAGGGCUUUAAGCCAAAUUAUAUGGAAAAUAGAGAACAGGAAAUGAGAAUGGGUGAUAUGGGUCCCCGUGGAGCAAUAAACAUGGGAGAUGGGUUUAGCCCAGCACCUGCUGGUAACCAAGGUCCUCCUCCAAUGAUGGGUAUGAAUAUGAACAACAGAGGAACUAUACCUGGCCCACCAAUGGGUCCUGGUCCUGCCAUGGGACCAGAAGGAGCUGCAAAUAUGGGAACUCCAAUGAUGCCAGAUAAUGGAGCAGUGCACAAUGAUAGAUUUCCCCAAGGACCACCAUCUCAGAUGGGAUCGCCUAUGGGUAGUAGAACAGGCUCUGAAACCCCUCAAGCACCUAUGAGUGGUGUAGGUCCUGUUAGUAGUGGUCCUGGUGGUUUUGGUAGAGGAGGCCAAGCAGGCAACUUUGAAGGCCCUAAUAAGCGUCGUAGAUAUUAAACAUUCUUUCAUUCCUAUUUAGAGAAAAAGAAUUCAGUGGUAUGCCUUUACACUUAACCUGUUACCUUGGAAGAAUGGUUUUAUUGUUAAUGUAUGCAGAUGUUACAGUAUUUCUUUGUAAAACGAGGUUUUGUAUUUUUCUUUAUUCAUGAGCUUUGUAGAUUAGAAUGGUAAUGCUGAUGCUCAUCGUUGUGAAUGUUAAAAUGUGUUUGUGACCUUAGCUAAAUAUAAGUACCCCAUAGUACUGUUGAAAUCUAUGUAGUUACUCCAAUAAAGAAAUCAUUUUGGAUAAUUUACAAAUGUUAUUAGUGGUAUUCUCUUACAGUUUUGCUGAACUUGGCUGUAACAGUAAUACUUUGGUUGCUUUAACUAAUCCAGCCAUCUGAAAAUGAAAAUGGAUUUUCUGCUUUUUAGUUUGUGCAAGUAGCACUGAAGAUAGCAGCUUAGUGAAAGGUAAUGUUAAUAAGGGGUCUGGCCUGGGAGUUUACAUUUGUGUAAACCAUUCAUGUUCUGUGAAACCAGAGUUCCUGUCAGAUUUCAUAUAGAAUCUGAAUAUUCAGAUAUUCGAAGAGGAAUCUUAAGGAUACCUUUGUCCUGUGCUGAUUUUUUUCAAAUAAAUCUUUUCAAUAUUGGAAAAAAACCCGUUUGAAGGCAAAUCUCUCUUGCUUAUGAUAUAAUGUUUGUGUUUUUUCAUUUUUUAUUUAUCUUUCCUCCCAUUUGGUGUCAAUAUCUAGAUCUUAUCCUUUAAAUUUUCUUUAAAAUUAAACAAUACUGUUAGAUUGUAUACUAAGUGAGGAUUUGCUGCAUGAUUUAUAAGAAAUAAGACAUUUCUUGAGGUUAGUUUCUAAAAAUAUUAAAGAUGGUUGACUCUGCAGUGUUGUAAAUAUUUUCCUAGAGUUGGUAAGUCUCCACUAAAACUUGUCUGACGGUCUAGGUGUGUUUGUCUCCAAGGUAUACAAGUUUAAUUUUAAAAAACAGAAUUAACUUGAGAACGGCUAAAGUCAGUGGAAUCAUAAUACAUCUCUCUAUUAUUGAAUAUAUAAUUUGAAUUUUGAUUUUCAAUAAUAGGGAAAAACCGAUUUUAUGACAUUAUAAAUUUUAUUUUAAAAGAAAGCCUUUGCUGUGUUUAAAGUUUUGUUUUUUAGCCAUGCAUGUUUUAAAAUUGCAUUUAAGGAACAUAUCUUUAAAUUAAACUGCAAAUCUGACACAUUAGCCAUUGAUCACAGCAUAUUUUUUCUUCAUAACUUUUCAGUGUUACCAUAUCAUACUUUAGCAUUUCUUUUGGAAGAAUAAUGCACUAUUAUAAAAUGAACAGCAUGUAAAUACUACCUUUUAUUUCUGCAUGGUUUCUGUUUUUGCUGGAGGGUAUACUUUGGAAAGAAAUAAAUUUGCUUAAUUUAAAAUCUUGCAUAAACACAGUUGGGUGUGAAGUAUAACUGAGAUGACUUCUUUUGUACCAGUUAAAAUGUUCUUAUGUACUAUUUUUUAGAUACAACAGUAUGGGUGGAUUUAUUUUCUAAAAUUUGCACCAAGCACAGGCUUUUGUUUUUUUGGCAGUCAUAGAGAUUGUAAAAUAAUAAAGAUUAUUCUCAUUGCUGUUUUCCAUGAAUAUAUAUUGGCAGCGAGUGGGAUUUGUUUUAAUUUGUAUAUUAAUUUCAGUGUGAGGAGUUUAAACAUUAGCUAAAAUUUUAAGGUAAUAUAUAUUGCACCUCAUUAUACCUUUCCCAUCAUCUAUGGGUUUUUUUUUUUUUUUUCAUAUAAUUCUUAAGUAAUUUUUAGCUUUGUAUUUUGUUUCAAAGCAGAAUUGAUGUUGGGAAAAACUUUAUCCUUUGAUGUUAAUACUAAGCUAUCUUUGGCCAAGGCUGUGGAAUUCUGUAAGAUUCAUUCAAGAACAUUUGAAAGCCAGUGCACAAAGACGUGCAAAUCUGCUGAACAUUCUAGUGUCCGUCUCAGCUCUGGCUCCAAGAAAAGAGUUCUGCACAGCUUUUCCCCUGCAUCAAGAAAAUCCUUGUUCCAGUACUUAACCAAGUUUACCCUGGGAACAGUCAGCUUCUGGGAGACAGUCACGUGGAGCAUCUGUGAACUGCUAGCUAUUCGGUUUUUAGUGUGCCUGUAGAGUUAAACACCUGUGGCUGGAUUAGUCAAUAGUUUUUCUUGUGAAUUAGUAUACCAGUGAAUAUAUUUCAAUAGUAUUUGCUUAAAAGUGGUAGAUAUGAAAAUAUAUGUAAGUUUGUUUAUAUAUGCUACCAUAAUUAUUUCCAUAAAAUGGUAAUAUGAAACAAUUUUAGUAUUAUAAUAUCACAAUAUUAUGUUUUGUGCCAUGAUUUGAAACACAGUUCAAAGUCUGCAGGAUUUAGAUUUCAUACACUAUUAAUGUGUAAUUAAUAUGCAUAAAAUAAAGGAACACUCAUUUUUCUAAUUGCUUUAUUUCAGCAGUGUAUUUUCUCAGAAUUUCCCUGUUUUUGUUUAUUAUGAAAAUAAAUGCAUUCAUUUUCUUGAGAGAUACAGUUUUAUUUGAAGGAUUCUACGUUCACUUAUAUUUCAUAAAGCUAAAUUGGUUAUUUCUUGAGUUUUUGGAUUUUUCUAUUUAAAUAAGUGCUGAGUGUUCAUUGGAGGAGAUUAAAUAUUUGUUUUUUAAAACUCUAUCAAUAAUAUUAGGGAAGAAAUUAUUGUUUAGUUGGAAUUGUGAUUUAAUAGAAAUUAUCAGUAAGGACAGUAACUGAAAUCUUGUUUCUCAAAUACUAAUGGAAACUUAUACUUCAUGUUUUAAUCAGAAGCAUACUUGAAUAUUUCAGUAAUUUGGUGUUUAUGUGUAAAGUCUGUAAUUGCUAAAUGUUACUGUAAUCAGUAGUUAAUUAAUUAAAAAUGAGGGUUAGGUUGAUAAUUACAACCUAGAUUCUGAAUGAGAAAAAGAACAUAUAUGUGUGAUUGAAAGGAAAUAUUUUAUGAAAUAAUGUAAUCAAGUGUAUGUCUAAACCUUUAAAAGGUUGGAAAUUUACUGUCAAAUGGGACUAGUCCAAAAUAAAAGGUACUAUUUUUUUUUUUUUUUUUCAGUAACGGUAAAUUUCUUGGGGAGUACUGUGGUAUUUAUGUUUUUUUUUGUGUGGGAAGAGUUUUGUUACAAUAGCUAAUAAUACGUUAAAAUACAUUCCUGAAAUUUGAGAGGGUAGUGAUGAUGUAAAAAGUCAGAGUUUCAAGAACAAGCUAGUAAACAUCCACAUACCUAACUCCUAGAUGUAAAUGUUUUCUUGUGAUUAUUUCAUAGACAGAUAUUCUUAGACAGUGGCAUUACUAUUUCAAAGUAAGUUUCAAGCUGUAUUUCAAGGUAAAGAAAUGAUCAUUAAGUAAAAUAAACAGUACUCUUAACAUAACGAGCAGUAUUUUCU